AUGUCUCGAGCUCUACGCACCCCUCCUCCCACUAAAGGCUCUCGACCCGCAUUUCGUGAUGGAACACGCAUUGUUCUUACCGAGAAUAUCAUGGACGUCGUCGUCAGCAAGACCCAAGACGUAUACAUCACGUACAGUGAAUACCUUCCCGCCAGGAAGACGAUCGCAGCAGGAGCCCAAGGGGUGGUUCGCUCCUCCAAAGACCUAGGACUCAUCCCAAAGAAUACAAACGAUCCAGAGCCGCCAUCAGAGCACCUAUUCUUAUAUUGUCUCGACUUCGAGGUUCCUAUCCGCAUUGAAAUUGAUCGACAAGCUCGGUCAGUUCAGCACAUCCAUUUGUCGACUUCUCAAAAGAAAGCAACGACCCCAGUGGAGAUCUACGAGACUGGAGACGUCGUCUAUGUCAGUCGGGACAACAUCCCAGAACUGCCACCCCGCGGAACACCAGUUAAAAUCACACGCAAGGCCCCUUCCUCGAUGGCAGCAAAAUAUGAUCCAAAGGGUACCUCGACCUUGGGUGCAAUGCACGUUUAUGACAUUCAAUUCCAGCAGGUACUUGAGCUGCCUGCCGUCAAGUACGGUACUAGCUCGUAUGUUCACCCUUCGAAAUUCAGAAAGCUUUGA